AUGGUUUCCGGACUUGUCUGCAGGUUAAAUGGAUUAAGCCUACGUAGUUUGCGAUUUUUAUCUAGAUCAGCAUUUUGUUGCAACGAGACUAUAUUAUCUAGUGCUACUACCGUAACGACCGAUUCAGCCACCGCUACAUUUGAUGAACAGGUUCCACGAAGAUUGAACCUCGACGACCUUAGUAAUAACAAAUACAAUAAUGGCAAUAAUGAUAGUCGUGCUUAUCAGAGGUACUCUUACUCGGCGCCUCGGCAAGUUACAGAGAAUCUAAGUAUUCCUGAAAUAAACAGAAUACGGAUUAUACCCACGUUGAUGACUUUUUAUGGAGGUAAUCCUAUACAUGAGGAGAAUAUGAAUAGAGCAAAAUACUUGUUACGAAAAUAUCAGAAUUUGCCAACUUCUCAAUUAACAAGCGAAGAGUUGUCGAGUAAGAAAUUUAUUGGAUUUGAGUCGUACAAAGAGCGUACUCAAUCAGGAACUAGAGUGAGGAAGAACCAUUAUAGAGAGUUGAUCACAUAUUUAAACAAAUUGAGAACAAUAGAUGAUCAAUUGAUGCCCCAGGAAGUUAUCGAAUUUUUGAAUGGUUACUAUUCCACCCUGGCUAAUAAGAUGUCCACCAAAAAGAAAUUCAAAGAGUUGGAUGAAUUUGGAAGAUCGCACACAAAAGCAAAGAGGAAAGCAUCUCGAGCAAGAGCGUACCUUGUUCGAGGUGAAGGAAACGUUAUUGUUAACGGCAAGAAUUUGGUUGAAUAUUUUCCAAAUGUAUACUCUAGGAAAAACAUAGCUUAUCCUUUCCAAGUUGUGGAUCAAGAAGGAAAAUAUAACGUGUUUGCAGAAGUUAGCGGUGGUGGGUAUACGGGCCAAAGUGAGGCUCUAAUGUACGCUAUUGCAAAGGGUUUAGUUGUUUUCAAUCCAUUGUUGAAACCAAGAUUAUCCAAAGCUGGGUUGAUGACUAGUGACUCGAGAGUAGUAGAGAGAAAGAAACCAGGUAAAUUGAAGUCGAGAAAAUCACCAACCUGGGUCAAACGUUGA